AAAGUCCUUCAAAGUCUUACUAUUUAGCAUCACUAAAUCCCAUUUUUCACGGGCUUUCAUUUGGUAUAAAAUUCAUCAUAUCUCCGAUUUAGAAUUAUAGCGUUACUCCCCUUGAAUAAUAUUAUUUAUCACCCUGUAUAUAAUUGUGUUAUGAAUCUUUGUAUUUUAGGCCGAACUCAAACGCCUUUACACGAGUUUACAUUUACUUAAAACCAAAACAAUGAGAAAAGACAAUCCUCAUUUAACAAAACGUGGCCAACGACGUAAAAAUCGUCGAUUUUCAAUGCAAGCAUUUCAGCGACAUGGUGGAGGUACUGGUAUUGAAAAAGAAUCAAAAUCGAUAGCACAUAAAGAAAUAAGUGAACAUGAGCCAACAAAAACGCCCGAAGAUAGUACUGGAAGUCAUGAAGGACCCCAUGGACACACAAGUACGGAUGAAAAUGAAGAUCAUCCAGCCCUAACUACAGAGAUGACAACUCAACGUGUAACAUUUAAAUGA